GUGAUAACGAUGGGGCAACAAGUGCAACAAUUUGCGACAGUUCAAGGCAAUAUCACACAGCUAUUGGGUAACAAAAGUGCUGAGUUCUUCACAAACUCGCUCUUCUUCAUCAACGAUGGAAGCAACGACAUCUUCGAUCACUACUGUUACAACGAGACCACCAUGUUCGAGCCAGAGCUCAUGGUCACCCUUGCGUCUAACUACACGGACCAUCCGACGGCUUUUUACAACUUGGGAGCUCGGAAGUUCGGGAUUGUAAGCAUCCCUUCAAUUGGGUGCUGCCCGUUCGCGCGGCUCUAGAACUUGACGACGAACGGGUCGGCCUGUUUCAUGGAGCUGAACGAUUACGCCCGGACUUUCCACUCGAUGGCCAUGGGUUUAUUACAAAAUCUGAUUUCCCAGCUCCAAAGCAUGACAUACUCACUGGGAGAUGCAUAUACCAUGACCUCUACCCUCACGGG